CUGGCCUGAUCAGUGCACCAGUCAACUUUCUCUUGACUGGCAGCUCAAAUGCUGAAGAUGUUUAAUGUUUUCAGCUAUCCAUAAAUAAUUCAAGAUUUAAAAACGGCUCCCAACUAUUGCCAGCCUGUUAACACACCAUCUAACACCAUGUACUUUAAAAAUGUCCCGAGUCAAAUUAAGAUGGUCAGAAUAUCUGUUUAUAUUGUAAUUAAUUUUUCAUCUGGAUAGUUGUUUACCUGGCUCAAAGUACCUGCAACUCAUUUUUCUCUUUUGUAUUAAAAGGUAAACUCUUUCUCCUCAGAAUAUUUUACCUUUUUAUGCAACUCUGCUUUCUAUGGAGUAACAAAUGUAUAAAAAAGCUAGCUAAUUAGCCCGAUUAUUUGCUAUGGAUACAGCCUGCAGUCUUGUUAAUUUAAUAAGGAUGAUGAUUGGGAAGCCAAUUGGUUUCCACAAAUAUGUUAACUCGGUCCAGGUUUAAAGGUGCUUAAAAAGAGUGAAACAUCCCUUUUUAUGAAGUGUCUUUUCAAAUCGGAGGCCAACUUCCUGGCUCGGUUCUGCUCUCUGUACCGUUACGGCGCCUCCUGCUCAGCUUCCCCGUCUCUCUACCGAUCACUGUCCGGUGGAGCGGGCGGUACUCUGCAGAGGAUCCGAGCAAAGCAAGCCAGAUUGGCUCCACUAUUUUUUAUUUAUUUUUUUUAUCCCAGUGAAACCAGAGGAACCCCCCACCCACCUCCUCUUCCGACAACCGGGAUAAAGAGUUAUUCAGUGAAAGAAGAAAAGAGGGGGAAGGGAGGAGUAAAAAAAAAAAAUUGUGCCGGACUCUUUCACUGUGACCCCGAUUCAGAAAUCCCUUGUUGCGGUGCGCCGAUCGAAGACAAUUGAAAGCAAUCAGGAUCCAGUUGCCGUCUGGCUGCACGCUGCAGCAGCGAGUACGCUGAGGAUUCAUUUAAACUAAAUAUAACCCGCUCCUGCUCCGUGCAUUUGUCACAGCCGCCAUAACUGCAUUUUAUGUGGGGUAAACUGAGAGCUCCAGUGUGGCAAAGUGCUCAUUUGUUUAUGUCACUGCUCAUGAAGGAGUCUGUGCUUAGGUGCCCUCUCCCAGCCCCUCUCUGGAUGCAUCAGACCCCUCCUCCCCGGGGCCCUGGACCCGGCUUGUGACUCCGCCGACCUCGCCCCGUUGCCCGUCCGUCUCCGAUCGCCCUGCUCCACGUUUACCUCCACCUGUCCUUCCCGGGGCUCCUGCUCCGGGCCCCCUGCCCCUCGACCGGCGGGCAGAGGCAGGGGGCCAUGGCGCCGCGGUAGCCAGGGCCCUCGCAAUGAGCAGUGUGACCCCUUCAGAGAGCAGCAGGAUUCAGGGGUCAGACUUAGCCCCACUUCACUACAAGCCCUUCAGCUCGCAUGAACACUACCAGCAGGUGAUAGAUGCUCAUCGGAAGCUUCUGGAGAGCGGCUUUUACUUUGGGCCCAUUGGGGGUCUGGAGGCCAAAGCCUUGCUGAGCAAAGAAGAACCUGGCACUUUCCUCAUCCGCGACUCGUCGGACCGCCGCUACUUCUUCACCCUGUCUGUGCAGACGGUUUAUGGAACCAGGAACCUGCGCAUCCACAGCGAGGAAGGCGGCUUCUUCCUCGAGAACGACUACCAAAACAAAAAGAAGGUGCCGCAGUUCGACUGCGUGCUGAAGCUCAUCAUGUUCUACAUGGGGAGAGGGAGGGACGUGCAGCUGACUGUGGAUGGGGCGAGUGAAGAAAGUAUGGAAACCAUUUACCUGAUGGACAGCCGUGGGAUUAAAACCCCGCUGGAGCUGCUGAAGCCCCUCAAGAUCAGCCCCUCGUCCCUGAAGCACAUAUGCAGGAGGGCGCUGAACCGAACGGGCCAAGGAGAGGUGCAGCAACUCCCGCAGGCGCUCAGAGACUUCAUGAAGAAGUACGAUGCGUCUAUCUGACUGACGAGGAAUAGCACAGAACGCUUCUCAGAGCUGAUCAGACUGAAAUGAGGUCACUGCGACCAGAAUCAGCCGAGCUCAGCACUUUUGAUUCCUAAUAAAUCGCUGUUGGGCUCCGUCUACCUUAACCCCCCGGAUGCUGGAGUCGGAUUUGGGUAACCGGCGAUUACCUCGUCUAUCCUGCCUUAGGAGAACCUGACCACUACCGUUUGGGGUGGCAGAUGAAGCCAGAGGUCAAAGGUCAGCGUUUCCUAUGACUGACUCAGACGCAGAGCAGAGCCUCGUAGAAGAUUGUAAACGAUGGCGGGAUCACGCCGCCGCUGACGUCGGUGGGUUUUAACGCUCUUAAAGAAAGAACAUCCUCAUUUUUCCAACACUUUGGAUCGCAGGACAGAGAGAUGGGGAGGGAGUGAGCGAAUGAAGGAGGAGUAACAGAAAAAAGGCAAAGUCCAAACGAGAGAAGAGAGAGAGAGGGGGAGAGAGAGAGAUCCCGGCAUACAGUAUUUGUUUGUCUGAGUGUGUGCGUUGUGGUUGUGCACAUAUUUCCAUUCCCUUUUCCCGCAAAUGUUGCCACAUAGAGGGGAGUGGGCUGGCCAUGCACGCUAGCUCAACACACACUCUUGCAGGUACAGGCCCACAUGUCGGUUUUUUCUGCGUAGGACACAAAAAAAUUCAUUUCUUCUUCUGCUGUUUGUUUCUUAUUCCUCCUCCAUUACCCUUCCCUCCAUUUUUUUUUCUUUUUUUUGACGCAUGUGUGCUCUGACAGCGCCAGAAAACAGACCACAGUCACCGAGACAAAAGCUUAUUGACACAAAGGCUGUUGUGAGGGACCAAACAAAAGAAGAAGAAGAAAUUAUUUUUAUCCAGACUGCAAAGAUGUAAAGAUUGCUGGAGAUUGGCGGUAAUAAUCCCGGGGAUGGGGAAGGAAGAAGGGUGGGAAGACAGAGGAGGGGGGGCAGAAGAGCGGGAAAUGGGAUUAGGGAAGGGGAAACUGAAGGAGGAGGAGACAUACUGGUAUACAGCUUGAUAAAAACACUGAUUAGAUUGAUGAUGCAGUCAAACAGGAUGUAGCUUGUGUAAAUAUGACGGCUCCAUCUUAGUCUCAAAUCAGUUUUUUUUUUAGUAUUUUGUCUAGAAAUGCAACACACUAACUUGUACUGGCUGAUACCAAUAUAUCCAAUUUUUUGAGAGCCUGUCCUUCCAAUUUUAGGUCUGUAAGACAAACACUUUUAUGUAAAUGUUUUAAUUCUGUAGCUAAAUGCUGCAUGAUGAAGUAGCAACAAACCCAAAGGAAAAUUAGGCAAUCAUGAGAUUUCUUUUAUAUAUAUAUUUUUUAUGAAACUCAAAAUAAACGUGACGUUUGUUGAUAUGUUUACACACUAAAAAUGUUCAUUUUUGAUGCAUUUAAAACAUUUUAAAAAUUGAUCAGCUGGAGAUCGGAAUUGGCUGAUUUUUUUUCCUCUUAAUGGUGGACUAAUAAAAAGUACAUGUAUAUAUUUCCAUUUAUUAAAUGAAAACCAAGAACUCCCAUUUUCAGUCUGUAAACACAUCAACUAACAUUAUGUACUUUGAUGCACUUUUUUGAGCUUAAUACAAAUCCAAUAAAGGUUAGGGAGAUUAUACCUAAACAAGAUUAUACCUACAAGAGGCCAUUUCUGUCGAGGAACCUGUAGUCUAUUUUGUUCUUUCAUGUGUAGCGUCUGAAGGUAAAACUCAAAGGAAAAUCAGAAAUUAGUAUUGAUCAUAAAAGAGAUGCACUGGUCAGGCUUUUCUCGCCAAUACAGAUAUCUGGUUUUCUCGGAGGUCUGACCUGCUGGCUCUGAUUUCGUUAUUGUUUUAUAAGGAACUCCAUUUGUCUAAAAGCUGUUUCUAGUUUGUUUGCAACAAUUUUGGAUCCCAACGGAAAUGAAGAAAUUGCAGCAAUGAGCAUCAUAAAUCCAAUGGUAGGAGUGUAUUCUUGAUGAAUAAAAGUGGAUUAUUUUUUAAAUUUCCUCCAAUUCUAUUCUAGUCAGAUAUGCUACUCCUAUCAAAUAAUUCACAUUUGUUUUCUUUUGAUGCCUCGCAAUCCUUUUUAAAAUCAGAAUCGGUAGGUCAGACCUAAAGCAAAAAUCAGAAAUUGCUAUUAACUAGGAAAAACCUAUCUCAAGUAAAAGUAAAUAAAAGGAGAAUUCUGUUUUAAUUGCAACCAUCUUCUAUGGCAUCCAUCUUUAAAACUGCUAUAAAGUGUAAAGCUGCACCGAUCGGGCCGAUAUCGAUUUCAUACUUUUCUUUGAGAUUGAUUCCGAUUCUAUUCAAAUCCAUUUUUUUUUAAAUGUCAGUGAUGACUUUAAUUAAACUCAGAAGUGCAUCAAAGUGCAUGUUUAUACAUUUUAUUUUUGUAGGCAGAUGGACAUAUGCAUUUUCUGUGUAACACUUUUAUUAACUUAUUUCCUUUUAAGCCUUUUGUGUUUGUUGCCUGCCCUCUCUCUCUCUUCUGGUCUUCCUGCGCCAUUCAUGAAGGAGUUAAGAGGAAACAUGCUGUUAUUUGAACUAUUAUAACCUUUUUUCUUUGCCUCUGGAGAACAUCAAGGGAACUAAACACUUCCCUUAGGAGAUUCUUUUAAAAAUGCCUUUUGUAAAACUAACUACAAGACUCAGAUUUGACCCACAUUAUUAUCUUUUUGUUGUGUUUUUCUUGUGCUCAUACUCACCUGUAAUCCAUAUUGGAAUGGUAGCCUCUUCUUUUCUUUUUACAUCAUGAAACAGUGUGAGUUUAUGUCGCCACAGUGAUGCACACCUUUCGUAUGUAAUGGUCAGAUCUGGGUCUUACUGUCUUGCAUCAAACACCAAGUUCUUACAUGUUGUGCUGCAGCAGUAGACCGAGUGUAUGUGAAUCAUUUGUCUUUUAUAAAGACUCACUUGCAAAAGGCUGGCCACUAGUCUGGCAAAAUACAAGCUGUAAUAUCUGCAAUGUCAAAAGCAUUACAUAAUAAAUGAAAAAGAAACGUUGCACAUAUUUAUAUUUCUAAAAUAUUUCAAUAAUUUAUAUUAAAGAGCACUAUUUUUACAAAAGCCAA